AUGGCCGAAGACAACAAUAUGAAUGCCGACGACUCCAAGGAGGUCGAGAAUAAAUCGCAUAUGCAAAACGGCGUCAGUUAUGAUGGAGAUGAAUUGGACAUCGGUGAAGUUGAAAACAUCGAUACGAUAGUUCAAGAAUGUAGUAAAGAGUUUGCAGACCUUGAUAAGACAUUGGACCAAUUGGACACCUGGAUGAAUAAACUGGAGGACCAGAAUGACAACUUGUAUGGUAGAAUAGAGGAAUUGUUAGAAUCUAAUAGGCAGAUUAAGAAGGAGCUUCAGGAACAAAACCAGGAAAGUCAACAAAAAGCUGAAGAAAAAGGAGAACCAAUGGAUGAAGAAGAUUCAAAGAGUUAACAAUUAAAGACAAUGUGAAAAUACAUAACAACAUCAGCUUAUAAGUUCUCAAAGAAUAUAAUAUGUAUUGUAGUUAACAUGACAUGAUCUGAGGUAUUGUCAUAAAUCUGUUUAUCAGAAGUAGAACAGGAAAAUUUUAUUGUUGGUAUUGUAUUUAACAGAUGAUAAACACAUAGUAAUAAGCAGAAUUUUAUCUAUUGCACCAGGACAACUACUGACAAAAUGUAUUUCUUUGUCCUUCAAUAAGCUCACUCCUGCAUUAAGUCAAAAUUUAUGUCUAAGCCCUGGGCUUAUUAGAGGAUAAAUAGAAAAUAUAGUAAUGAACCUUCCUGAGGCUCUCUUACAGUUUCUGUUAGAAACUUGAGGAGAUCAGUAACCAAUUAUGUAACAGAUACAUAUAAUUAGUAAUAGGCUGUUAAAAAAAUAACACUGCUUUCAAAAAGUUUCCAUAUUUAAAAGCUAUCAAAUGAUUCUGUGUGAAUAGCUGAAAAUGGUAACUGUAGUUCACUUGUAUGAUGAACAUUAAUAAGACCUGUUGAUGAGGAUGAUUUGUGAAGCACCUGAGAGUGUAUACAAUUUUAUAUGGAUCUUAAAAUUAACAUUACAAAGGCACUGGAAAAAGUGUUUAUCAUAAAGAAGGUAGUGUAUCACAAAUACUUAUCUUCUCCGGUAGACAUGUACCUAUCUAUCUAUUUGGUAGAUAUAUCUACUUAUAAAUGUAUCUGCUUGAUUUAGUGUCCAACAAAUCUGAAAGUAGCCUUAUAGAAAAGUGAUGGAUACAAUUUUGAAAGAAACAUACAAUGAUAUUCUGUUGCUCAUAAAUGAAAAUGCUUUUGUGGAAUAGCUGUAUCAUAUAGUUAUGUGUUCAUUGUUUGGCUGGAGUGUAUAUUGUCUGUGCCCCAUGUUGUUUUAUUGUAUUAGGAAUAUGUCCAAUGCUAGUCCUGCUUGUAGACAGAUCUAUCAUUAACAUUAAUUAUGAUUCAUUCCUAUAUUUGAUAUUUUAGAAAAUACUUCAUUGAAUAAUGAUGGAUGACGAUGUUAAAUUAUUUGA